AUGGCGCCCCCCUCCCAGUUUCGGGCUAGAAUCACCGUAGCGGUGCUAAUGCUCGCCGCGCGUGCAUCUUGCAUGUCCAUGGGUGCGGGCAACGACCCCAAAAGAGUGUGGACGGUCAAGCCUGCCGCGAAACCGGCCGUCGGCGCCAAGCCCGUGCCCGCGGUUCCCGCUCGAACGGACCAGGCGGCGCAGAAGGCGCUCGCCGAGCUGCAGAAAUCGCGCGCGCCCCCGCCGCCGCCGGCACCGCGGGGCCCGGUGCUCACGCCCGAGACGGCCCGCCCGGCCACACCCGCAGCGGCCGCGGCCGCCGCUGCCGCGCGGCGCGAGGCCGAGGCCGCGGCGCCGGCGGCCAAGCCGACCACGCCGCGCACCGUCGACUCCCUCUACGCGCCGGCGCCCGCGCCGAAGGCGCCCGCGCCGGCGGCGGACGUGGCCGCGGCCGAGAAGAAGCGCCUCGAGGACGUCGAGGCGGCCAAGGCAGCCGAGGCGAAGCGCGUGGCCGACGCCGAGGCCGCCCGGCUCGCGGAGGCUGCGAAGGCGGCCGAAACGAAGGCAGCCGAGCCGGUGGCCCCGGCCGCGCCCGCGCGGCGCCGCGUGUCGCCGGACGAGAUCAUCGCGCGCGCGUACGAGCGCGCGGGCCAGGCGCCGCCGCCGCCCCGCGCCGAGCCGGCGGCGCCCGCGCCCGCGCCCGCGCCCGCGCCCGCGCCGCUGCCCGCGGACAUGGCGCCACCACCAAGAGACGCAUCAUUAUCAGACCUCGCGGCGGGCACGACGACCGUGCCGCUGCCCGACGACAUGGCGCCGCCGCCGCGCGACGCGUCACUCGCCGACCUCGCGGCCGGGGCCAUGGGCAAGGUCGCCGCGGCCUUCACGCCGCCCGCGCCCGCGCCGCCGGCCGCCGUGACACCACCGGCACCAGACACGACGAUGACGACGACGACGGCGCCGCGCGCGCCCGGCGUCGGCCGCAUGCUCGUGCCCGAGGCCGGCGCGGGCCCGCCGCCGCCGCCCGAGCCCAAGACCCUGGUGCCCCAGGUCGACGGCCGCGCGGCGGCGCCGCCGCUCGUGCCGCCGCCCAUCGACACUAUGGCGUCGGACGACCCGCGGGGCACGACGGCCUGGGCGGCCGUCGUCGGCGGCGGGUCCGUCUUCGACCCGCCGUCGUUCCGGGACCUCUCGCCCGAGGACUUCCAGAAGCAGUGGGCCCAGAACAUCAUCGCGGACAACGCGCGGCGGCGGCGGCGCGGCGAGCUCGCGGAGCGGAUCAUGGGCGCGGAGGCCGCGCCUGCGGCGGCGCCGCCGCCGGAGCGCGCGGCGCCGGCGCCGUCGGCGGCCGCGCGGGCGCUCAUGGAGGCCUUCGACGGCCGGCUCGGGCGCGUGACCGUGGCGAUGAAGGCCGAGGCGGCGCAGAUGUCCGCGUCCGGCCGCUUCGCCGUCGCCGAGCACGCGCCGCAGCGCGACGGCCGCGAGCUGCUCAAGCUGCGCGACGGCGCCGCGGAGCUCGUGAUUGAUGCGAACCGCGUGGUGGACAUCGCCUACGAGGACCGCGGCGUCCUCGGGCUGACCGUCGUCGUCUCCGGGCGGGGCGGCGCGUUCAUGCUCGCGACGCUCGACGGCGACGACGGCGGCGCGCGGGAGCGGUUCUUUGGUUUGGCGGAAUGA